AUGGCGUCGCCACUCGAAGACAAGAAUCUGAUAGCGCACGGCGUCAUGGGUUCCGCGCAAAGCGACGGCGACUCGAACGGUAAGGUCAGCCCGACAGGGAGCCAGCCGUCGCUCGCGGGGGACCAUUUUGGCAACGGUCAGCAGUCCAUCGACAGCCUCCACCUCCCUACUCCACCUGGCGACGGCGCGGAUGAGCAGUAUCCCGGCGUCGUCAGCGGCGGCCUUGGCUUUGACGCCGUCGACCUGUCGUUUGACGAUUCGAUGGCAGGCAUCUUGGACCCUACUGCCCAUGGGUCCCCCUUCCGGAGCGGGUCGACCCACGGCGUCAACAUCGCGCCGUGGGAGCUCGAGGACAUGCCCUCGUCUGUGCCGUCAUCACGACAUCCCUCGGUCGCCGGCGCCAAUAUUGCUCCCUGGGAGUUUGAGCCCCCAGCACCCCCGGAGCCGCCAGUAGAGCAGGCGUCGUUCUCACCGCCGGCCGAAUCGCCCUACAUGACCGAAACGAACACGAUCCCGGGCCCUGAAGCGGUCGCCCAGUCCCAGCAGGAGCGCAAGCUCAGCCAUUUCCCCCGCUUCCUUCGUGGCAAUCGCGAGAAGAGCGCGGACGACGACGACGCGAGUUCGUUCCAAAACUACAGUAUGGCAGCGGGAUCAAACACAUCGCUGCGCUCGACGUCGAGCUCGAGCUUGUUGCCAGACGGCGCGCAGACGCCGACCAACAACCGCUCGCAGCCGUACUGGGGCGCCCCGCAGGGGAGUUCCCCACCACCCACCGUCCUACUUGGGCGGGCCACGAGCAUUGCCCACCCAGCAGCGCCUGGAUACGUCGACAACCAAUCCACACCACGGAUGAGGCCGUUCGGGAGCGUCGCUGCAGGCAUGAGCUCGAGCACGAGCGUCCAGUCCGAGGGAGGAGGGAAGAAGACCGGCAGGCUCUUUGGCGGCCUGUUCAGCCGCAAAAGCGGGCGGAGCGCCUCGAACCCUACACAAAUGGUGCACACCGAGCCGCCACCGUCUGGGAACAGAAGGCCGACUGUGCCGUCGAGAAUGUCGGUGUCCACGACGGCGUCUUCAUUACGCAAGGAAAGCAGCGGGUCGACGCGGAGUACCGGCUCACAAUGGUCGUCUUCGUCCAACAACACCCCGCCGUCGUUGACAAUGAGUACGCGGUUGCCAAGCUUCAAGUCUGAGGGUAACAUAUCUCCGCUACACGAGGACAACGAGUACGAGGAGGAAGUCCACGCGCCCGACACGGGCAUCCACCUCGACACUAACUUUGACGACAUGGAUGACAUUGUCGACCAGAAUCUUGCGGGUGUGCGCCCUCACACGUUUGGGACGAUGGGCUCGAGCGACGCCCCCGCAUAUAACGCACAAGGAGCAUCCCCAUCCACCACAGCCGCCGGCGGUGGCCUGCCGCGCAGCGUGGUCGAGGCGAACAAUGGGCAAGGCCAGUUCUCGGCACAGAACCCGUUUGGAGGCCCUGUACCUGCGGACGGUUCGCCGGAAGGGACAUCGCCAUCGCCUUACCAAGUGUCGCCGAGACCAUCGAUGGGCACGACUGGUGCCUCGCGCAGGGCGUCGUCGCAGUUGCGCAACGUGAGGAUGCAAUCGAUCAGUUCGGAGAACAGCGACGUGUCAUCCAUGGGUGGGCCAAUCGCGCCGUCAUGGGCUCAAGGAUUGACCGGCGACCCGACCAUGUUCAACAACCCAUUCGAACGGCAGGGCUCUAUCGCGUCUAUCCCGGAAGGCAGCGCCCCGCCCAUGUCACCAGGCACUUACCUUCCUGGAGGCUACGAGCCGCCCAGUUUGGCGGGCAGCUUCCACCAGGCGGCGCCAGGCGUUUCAUCAUUCGUUGGUCUAGGAGGCAUAACGGCUGCGUGGGCCGCGCCUGAAUCGUGGGGUGUCGAGAAUGAGGACGACGAGGGUGACGAGGACAGUGAGUCCAGCGGCGGAACGGAGGGCGAGUGGGGUCACGACGGCGACCACGUCCUCACGCCCACCGCCGAGGGCGCCCUCUCUGAAGCCGAGGGUGAUGGUCCAGGCAUGUCUCCCGUGAAGCAGCGCGCGAUGAGUAUCUUCCCACUCAAGCGCGGUGGUGGGCAUGGCGAGGACAAGGGUCCGAACUACUUCACGCGCAUUUACCGCGACGAUGGGUCCUACGAUGUCAUGGAGUUUCCCUUGCACAUGACCGUAUCUGAGAUGAUCAGCGUGCUCUCGGGAGUGCAAGGCGGCAAGAAGGUCCAGACCACGAUGAAGCUGUACAUCCGCGAGCGAGGACAAGAUCGGCAGAUGCAGCCCUCGGAACGGCCGAUGGCGCUGCAGACCCGACGCCUCAUGCAGGCCGGUUACACGGACCACGAGAAGCUCGACGAGAUCGGUAAGGGGGACAUGUCGAUUCUAUGCCGCUUCAUCUUCCAGAAGCCGGUGUUGCCGGUCAUGAACCCCGAGGAGGAGAGCUCGUACGAAUCGUUCGAGUUCAUCGACCUCUCCGGCCGCGACCUGCAAGUCCUCCCGAUUUUCUUACAUUUGCACGCGGACCAGAUCAUCAUCCUGAACGUGUCGCGCAAUCCCAUGACGGACAUUCCCCUGGACUUUAUCCAGGCGUGCAAGAGCCUCAAGGAGUUGCGCAUGUCCAACAUGGCGUUGAAGCGCGUUCCAGCCAGUAUCCGCGAGAGUACAACGAUUGCAAGGUUGGACCUCUCGAGUAACCGCAUUCCCGACCUCGAGAGCUCGCAGUUGCACAACAUUGCAACGCUCACAUCGCUCAAAGUGCAGAACAACCGCCUCAGUUCGAUCCCGUCCUAUUUCUUGCAGAUGUCGGCGCUCAAGUACCUCAACAUCUCGAACAACAACUUUGAAGAGUUCCCGAACAUUGUGUGCGAAAUGAGCAAUCUCUUAGACCUCGACGUGUCGUUCAACAACAUCAGGGCGCUGCCAGACGACAUGGCCAACCUCCGGUCGCUCGAGCGUCUAAUCUGCAUCGGUAACGAGCUCACCGAGUUCCCGCAAUGCUUCAGCACACUCCAGAGUCUGCGCGUGCUAGAUGUGCGGCGAAACCAGCUUGCCGACCUCACACCGGUGUACGCACUGCCGAAUCUCACGACACUGCGCGCGGACAGCAACCAUCUCGUCACGCUCGACACGCAACUGGGGUCCAAGGUCCGCGACUUCAGUGUCCCACACAACUCAAUCACGCGCUUCACGCUUGCGCCGAUGCCGGGACAGGUCGUGGCGUACGCGCUUACUCAGCUCAAUCUCUCACACGGCAAGCUGUCAGGCCUCGAUGACCAGGCUCUAGGCGAGUUGGUCAACCUCACGGAGCUCAAUCUCAGUUUCAACCAGUUCACGCGCCUACCGUCGACGCUCAACAAGCUUGUAAACCUCGAAGUGUUCCUUUGCACAGACAACAUGCUCGCUUCGCUGCCGGACGAUACUCUGGGGCAGAUGCAGAAGCUGCGAUCGUGCAACAUCCACAACAACAACCUCAAGGAGGUGCCAGAGGACCUCUGGCUGUGUGGCUCGCUCGAGGUCGUCAACGUCAGCUCGAACUUGCUCGACUCGCUCCCCGACCCCCCCGCAGAAUGGUACGAGACGCUCAAGACCAUUCAGGGGGAUAGCGAUCCGGCGCGCAAGAUGUCGACCGCGUCCGCAUUGACUACGGCAUCUGCUUUGACGACCGCGUCAGUGGCGACGAAUGCGUCGGAACGGUCUCAAAUGGUACCGCCUGCGGGCACGUCGCUCAAGCGCCUGUACCUCGGCGACAACCGGUUGACAGAUGACGUGUUCCACCAGGUUCGACUGUUCACCAACCUUCAGCGGCUCAACGUGAGCUUCAACCAGAUCUCCGAGAUCCCGUUGUACACGCUGCGCCACUGCACGUCCCUCGAAAUGCUGUUCCUGUCGGGCAACAAACUCACGAGCCUGCCUUCCGAGGACCUCGAGCUGCUCACGCAGCUACGCGUUUUGCAUCUCAACGGCAACAAACUGCAGACACUACCGUCUGAGCUUGCCAGCCUCAAGCACCUCGAGCACCUUGAUGUCGGCUCCAACGUGCUGCGCUACAACAUCUCGAACUGGCCGUACGACUGGAACUGGAAUUGGAACACAGCGUUGAGAUACCUCAACUUGUCGGGUAACAAGCGUCUUGAGAUCAAGCCAACAGGCGCACAGGACCUCGGAAACCACAAUGCCACAUUCGGCGUCACGACUCACCGCCGUGACCUGUCCGACUUCAGCUCGCUCACGCACCUCAAGAUCCUGGGCCUGAUGGACGUCACGCUACGCAUUCCAUUGUUGCCUGACGAGUCGGAUGAUAAGCGUGUGCGCACGUCCUUCUCGGACAUCAACAACAUGAAAUAUGGCAUCUCGGACACGCUUAACUCCAUUGACCACCUGUCCAUGUUCGAUCUCGCUGUGCCACACUUCCGCGGCAGCGACAAGGAGUGUGUGUUCGGCAUGUUUGGAAGGUCUGCGCCAUCGGUGCCUUCAGGCAAGAUCCCGAGAUACGUCCAGCAGCACAUUGCAUCUGCCCUCUUGGAACAGCUACAGACGCUCAAUCCCGAGGAGGCGGUGACGGAGGCGCUGCGCCGAACAUUCCUCUUUAUGAACAAGGCCGCUUUUGAGUCGCUGUCCAGCUCCGAGCAGCGCAACCGCGACAUGAACGCGCAGUACCUUACGCAGGCGACGCACCGCUCCACCCUCCACUCGCGGUUGCGGACUGGCGCGUCGGGCGCGGUGGUAUAUGUCGUUGACAAGACUCUGCACGUCGCGAAUGCGGGUGAUAUUCUCGUCGUGCUCUCGCGCAAGGGCGAGGCGGAAUUGCUUGGCAAGAGGCACGACCCGACGGACCGCGAGGAGACGGCGCGUAUCCGCCGCGCCGAGGCGUGGGUCUCGCCAAAGGGUCUCGUCAACGACGAUAAGGAAAUCGACAUUUCGCGCGCAUUCGGCUUCUACCACUCGCUCCCUGCAGUCAACGCUAGUCCUGAGAUCAGGACACGGCAGCUGCAGGAGACGGACGAGUUCAUCAUCAUCGGCAACUCAGCUUUAUGGAAGUGCACGUCAUACCAGACAGCUGUCGACAUUGCCCGCACCGAACGUGACGACCCGAUGAUGGCUGCUCAGAAACUGCGCGACUUUGCGUUGUCGUACGGUGCCGAGGGGAGCAUCAUGGUCAUGGUUGUCAACGUGUCCGACCUCUUUGAGACGCCCGGUGGGCGUAAUCGCGCCCUCACGGGCGGCCCUGCGGAGGAGCAAGUGGCGCGUCGUCGCCGCGGUGGCGAGGCCGAGUUUGGCGACCGCACGCUCAACCGCCUGCAGCAGGAGAUCGAGCCGCCGACUGGCACAGUCGCGCUCGUGUUCACCGACAUUGUCAACUCGACGGUGUUGUGGGAGACGAACCCUGGCAUGCCGACUGCUAUCAAGAUGCACCACAACCUGUUCCGUCGACAGCUACGCCUCGACGGAGGAUACGAGGUGAAGACGGAAGGAGACGCGUUCAUGGUGUCUUUCCAGAGCGUGACGGCGGCGAUCCUGUGGGCGUUCAACUGCCAGAUCGGACUGUUGCACCUCGAGUGGCCGCGCGAGCUUCUCGAAAGCGAGGACGGCAAGGAGGUCUGGGAUUCGCACGGGACGCUUAUCCACCGCGGUCUGCGCGUACGUAUGGGCAUCCACUGGGGCACUCCUGAGUGCGAGCGAGACCCCAUCACGCGCCGCAUGGACUACUACGGCCCGAUGGUGAACCGUGCGGCCCGUAUCCAGUCCUCUGCCGACGGAGGUCAGCUCAUGGCUUCACAAGACGUCCUCAACAUUCUGCGCCAGCUGCGCGAAUACAUCGAGAGCUCGGACGACCACACCCUGGACGAGCUACCGCCCGACACAAAGCGUGAGGUGGCAGAAUUGCGCCGCAUCGGAGGCAUCGAGGUCAAGGAUGUCGGCGAGAAGAAGCUCAAGGGUUUGGAAGUCCCUGAGAGGUUAUCCUUGAUGUUCCCGAAGGAGCUCUCCGGCCGACUGGAGCUGUUCACCGGUCUGCGCGCCAACGCGCAGGUCACCGAGCAGAAGGCGUACGCGUCUGAAAAAUCUAUCGACGAUACGCGGCAGCUGAGCAUGGUCACGCUGCGGCUGGAGGCGCUGUGCGCGCUCGCCAAUGCACCACCGCCAGGCGGCGACCGCACCCCACUCCCAGCCGUCAGCGGACCAGGCCCGCGCAAGAGCUUGAGCUUGGCAGCCCCGAAGCAGCCAGCACCGCCCAACCUGCAAUUGGGCCCGCUGAUUCGGGACAACGUCACCGAGGACGAGCUCGUCGAGAUCAUCGCGAGCCUGACGACACGAAUCGAGAAUUGUCUUUCUACAUUGUACCUCAAACAUCUGGGCGGUUUCUCGACGGUAUUGGCGGCGCUGGAACAGGCGACGCGUAUCGAUAAGACGCUGCUGGUCCACGCGCUGAGCCUCAUGAACGGAUCGAUGGCGUAG